GAUGGCGCGCGAAUUUUAACGCGCGUUGCUCUCCUCCGUCUCGCGUUCAUCUCCCUUCAUCUCACCACGCAGCCUCCGUAGUUCCCUCCUCAGUAUGAUCCGCGCGGUCCGAGCGCGAGUACGCGUGCAUUCCAGCCUGUUAUUUAGUUAGUUCCAUCGCAAGACUAUUUCGUGAAAAAAAAUGCCGAUAUUUGUGAAGAGAAUUAAAGUUGAACAGAUUUUACAGAUUUUUCACGACUACUAAAACAAGCGAUUGUGUCAUUAAAAUACGUUACGCUUUCUCUCUACUUCCCUCUUUCUUUUGACUUUUAGAAAACUUAAUUGAUAUAUUUCCAUAGAAUAAUCUUUGUGGAGACAUUUACUUGCAUCACACAAGUAGGUGAAAUAAGUCAUCUCCUGUCAGACAUAAUUUUAAUUUUUAAUUACUGUUUAAUAUUUUGCUAUCGAUUUAUUCAAACUUACAUAAGUUAUAAAUUUGUGGAGAGCGUUUAUGUUAAACUAUUUGCAUUAGUUGCCUAUUUUAUUGCUUCACGAAUAUACGUAUAUAACGGCGAAUCUAUCAAAAGUUUUGCAAAGCAAAGUUGGAUUAAAUUUUUAACGAGAUAAUCGACCGCCGCAUAUAAAAGUGGUGCUCUAUUGGUUUUUAAGGAAUUUAUCUAAUCGCAUGAUCGCCAAACUAUAGCAGAAUUUACCCUCAUACACUCGUGUAAUCCUCGAUGACUUUUUCUAUUCAUAUUGUCAGUACUUUUGACGGACGUUGUUCCACUCGAACUUUCUUAAAGAAUCUUUGAUUGACUUCGUGUAACUAUGGGGGACAUCGUUUAUAAACUUGUAACAUCUAAUAAAUUAUAACUCGCCAAAGUCGCAAGGUCUCAGGAAGGGAAUGGGGGUGACAAUUUGUGAACAAGCGAAUAAACAUUUACUUUUACUCUUUUACCAUCUGACAGAAUUGUGUCGGAAGAAUCGAGGAGAAAAAGAAACUAUCUCGAUUCGAUAUGAAACUGUGAGUGAAAAUUUCACGGAGCAAGUGAGAUAUGUGUCUCAGCGCUGCCGGGGGUUCGGAAAAUGAACAAACUCCACCGACGGCGAAACGAGAGCGUCGAUGGCGUCGAGACGCGAGCGACAGAAAUUGGAAAAAUUAUUUUUAGGAAUACCUUGAACCGGCAUAAGGACGUCGUUCCAGCCUGUUUCGUAUUGCAUCGAUCGUGACUGGCGGUACUAAUCCCGAGGACUCCUUCGAGACUCGUCAUGCUGGUCCCGGAGGGCAAUUUUACAUCCUGGGUCGGCAACUGGACGACGAUCCUGCACCAGGUGUCUUGCAACGACACCCUCGGUGGCUGCGCCGGCGAGUGCGAUACCGCUUCCGGCGAAUUCGAUUAUCUCUGCACCACAAUCGAUAAAUUUUUUUUUUCCUCCUCUUCGAUGACCCUUUUUUGCACGCCCUGCGAUUACGCGAGUUGCAACAUCAACGUGUCCUUGCUGCUCGACAGCCUCGAGAGCAUCGAGGGCGUCUUUCUGUCUAGGAUACCAAUGAGAAAUUGCAACGCCACGUCCUUCGACGAGGAAAUUCUUGAAUGUUCGCCGGCCGGCGGUAUCGCCGAUCUAGCCUGCAUUCAUCGAUCCAGGAUCGGCAGCACUGCCGGGACGAAGACGCGUCGCUUCGAUUGGAGCUUCCUGUUCGUGGUAGUCUUCAUAGUCGCCGGCGGUCUCGGCAACAUAUUGGUCUGUCUCGCCGUGGGAUUGGACAGGAAACUCCACAACGUGACCAACUAUUUCCUGUUGUCGCUGGCGGUGGCCGAUCUUCUCGUCAGCCUCUUCGUCAUGCCUCUAGGUGCCAUACCGGGCUUUCUGGGAUACUGGCCGUUCGGAGUGGUGUGGUGUAACGUGUACGUGACAUGCGACGUGCUCGCGUGUUCGGCGAGCAUAAUGCACAUGUGCUUCAUCUCCCUGGGCCGUUACCUGGGCAUCCGUAAUCCGCUCAGGACACGUCACACGUCUACGAAACGGGUGGUGGGCUUCAAGAUCGCCGCUGUCUGGUUGCUGGCUAUGCUGGUCUCCAGCUCCAUCACGGUAUUAGGCAUCAUCAACCCCUCGAACAUCAUGCCGGAACCGAGGAAAUGCGUCAUCAAUAACCGAGCGUUCUUCGUGUUUGGUUCCCUGAUCGCCUUCUACAUCCCCAUGAUCGUUAUGGUAACGACUUACGUGUUGACGGUGCAGCUAUUGCGCAAGAAGGCGCGAUUCGCAGCCGAACCGGAGGGUAAUCACAUUCGUAGAUUGGGCGGCAGAUACGCAUCCGCAAAAACGUCAUCAUCUACGGCGUCAUCAUCGUCCGCAAUCACCACCAUGAGAUCGUCCUCUUCGUCGGCGAGACUGAUACGUACUUCCGGUUGCAGCGCUGAAAAGGAAAGCGACAAAUGCGGAGGUGUGAGAAAGGUCCUGCCACAUCUGAAAUUAACAGUGAACGGCGCCGGAAGCCCUGCUACAGGACCACGGCUCAAGUCGAAAGUGGAUCAGGCGACCCAAACACCGGAGAACAUCGCGCGCGAAACACGAAACUUCACCCUCAGGGCCCUGAAACUGCAAUUGAACGUCACGCCCAACAACUUGAACCUCAGAUUCCUAGCAGGACGUGCGAAAAAGAGAUCCCUGGCCGCGAACGCGGUCGCGACAGAACAGAAAGCGAGCAAGGUUCUGGGACUAGUGUUUUUCACGUUCGUGUUAUGCUGGGGGCCGUUCUUUCUGCUUAAUAUCUUCUUCGCUGCGUGUCCCACGUGUUCUGUGCCGACACACGUGGUAGACACGUUCCUCUGGCUGGGCUACGUGUCCUCGACAAUCAACCCGAUCAUUUAUACCAUUUUCAAUAGAAUUUUCCGCGCCGCGUUCAUCCGCUUGUUGAAGUGUAAAUGCUCACGGUCUGCGAGGCCUUCGAGAUAUCGUUUCGGUACAGAGAGCGGAAGGGGGGCGAUGGGCCUGUGCACGUCGGGUGCUCUUCCACUGGCCAUUAGCCUUCAGGGUACACCUUUAUUAAGCCCGACGCCAAAUCCCACGCCGACACCGGCGUCGGAAAGCUCGUUCAUGACGAUGAUGCAUCGUACGCCGAGUUCGCUCUACCGAGACACUUUUUUAGUUCACGAACCCGAUCAGGGCGAUCAUUAACCUCGCCCAUUAAUUAACUAAUUUCAUAAUGAGAGAUUAUACUGCGCAACACGAUUUUUGCAGCGAGAAUAGAUGAUUUUAGGUAAAAAACAGUGUACAAAUAAAUUUUACCAUAUAAAUGAAUAUGGAAUUGUUCCUUGGAGAAAGUAUGUAUAUAUAUAUUUUAGUUUGCAUUUUAGUUUCCUAAUUCUUAACUUUUUUUGAGUCAAUUAAAAUCACACCCACAGACAUACAGUUGAGAAUAACCGAGUGGCUUUUUAAACUAACUAAAAUCAUCAAAGAGAGGAAGGAGAAGAAAAAAGUUUCCUAAGUUUGUUAUCCAUCAAAAAGAAAUGCGGAAUAUUUUUAUUGAAUACUUGGCAAUUUUUUUAAAGUUCUUUAAUGAAUAAGUAUUGUAGAAAUCUCUCAACUUUAGGAAUCUAUGUAUACGAAAGACAAAAUAAAACAAUACUACUAUUUUAAUACCUGCCCCAUUCAUUAUACCUGACACGUGAAUCUUCUUUUCCCGCAAUUUCUAUUUAUCCUUUCUUAAUAUAACGUAAAAUAACAA